CAUCACUGAUCCCGAAUUAAAUGUAAUUCUCCAUUGAGUGAUCCUGAAUUCAUCUGCAUUUCUCCAUUCACAGGUAAAUUAGCGGAUAUCCACGGCAAGGAGCCCGAGUUCAGUCCCUCGCAGGAUUACUAGUCCACCUGUCCCAGAUCCGUGAAUUUGCCACCGAUUCAGCAUUCUAGAGCUUCGGUCAGCGAAAAGUGUCCAGCACUUAUAUAAAACAGAACGAUAUGAUAUCCUUUCCUUUUUCAGUCUAUCCGUUCACUCUAUAGUCGGGCCUACGAUCGUCUGACACAGCAAGCACGCCAUGGCAUCCACUGUUCAAUCCCGUCUUCAGUUCUUCUCUUCCCUUAGUGGAAGCCAAUCCUCUCUCAACAAUCGUACACCACCAUACAAUUCCCGCAGCUCGCUCCAUGCAUCACAGCGCUCCUUGUCGCGCUCAUUGGAUACCCUACCAGCCCAGGCAGUUGAGCAAGACGAUUCUGGCAAAUUCAUGCCCGUCCGUGAUCGUAUCGCACGGUAUGGAGUUACCCCUAACAAACAACAAGGGCCCUUGGCAGAUAUCAAAGGGAGGUUCAAGGGUGCUUCCAUGGAGGAGUUACCGGGGCCUGCUGAGAGUGCCGGAAAGACUAGAUUAACGGCAUCUAGGGCUCAUCCUUAUCCUACGAGCGGUAAUGCGAGCAGCAGACAUGCUAGCGAGGUUGAUCUGAGGAAAGAUGACGUGGUAGAAAAGCAGGAAAAGCAGUCGGAAGUUCAAAGAGAACAGGAACAGACCAACGACGAAUCAGUUCCUGUGAAUUUAGCGAAUCGGUUGGCAGCCUAUCAGGCGGCCGCCACUAGCCCAGCAGCCGCUAAUCCAGUCGCCAACAACCCAGUCAAGCCUGAAGUCCAAAGCAAGCAGCAGCAAGCUCCUUCCUUCAAUACUAGUGCUUCGAAGUCGUCACCACCUCAGCAGGCAAAGUUUGGUGUGAACAACAAAUGCGCGGCCUGUAGCAAAACUGUCUACUUGAUGGAACAAACAAUUAUUGACAAUGCAGUGUUCCACAAAACAUGUCUCAAAUGCGCUCACUGCAAGAGCACUUUGAAAAUGGGUAAUCUGGCUUCCAUGAACGGUCAAUACUACUGCAAACCCCAUUUCAAGCAGUUGUUUAAAUUGAAAGGAAACUAUGCUGAAGGGUUUGGUUUGGAGGACCAUAAGAAACAGUGGCUCACUGCUGAGGGCAAGAGUUCGUAGGAGGGGUUGUAGAUACCUAUUUUAUGAUUGUGAUGGGUUUCGGGAAAGGUUGAACUUUAUGUGUAUGUGAUGCAAUAAUUUUUUUUAAAGUUUAGUUUUUUUC